GGGUUCUAUUUGUAAUCAUCCUAUAUCAAUCUCAAAAUCUAGGGUUUAUCGUUAAUUUAAUUCUCGGUAUACUCAAUUUAGGGCUCUUCUAAACUCAAUUUUUGUAUUAUUGCUUACAAUAUUUACUAAACGAGAAGAAAAUUAUGAGCUUAAUUUGAUAUUUGAAUAUAAUUUGCCCCUAAUGUUAAAAUGUAACUAUAAAAUUGGACCUUUUUCUCCCUAAAUUUAUGAGCAUUAUCUGAUAAUUGAAUUAAAUUUGGUUGCUAAUGUGUUGUAGAACCCAUUGAUGAAAUUGGGACUUUUCUCUGUGGGCGCAGGGCGACUGCCACUCCUACCCUGGCUCAGGGACGGGCCUGUAAUGAUUAUGAAUAAAUAUGUACUCCGUAUUUGGUUGGUUAUAAUAGUGCUACAUACCUUUUUACUUUUUUUUUUUUUUUUUAAAUGUGGAUUUAGUAGGGAAAAUUCCCCCAAGGAAUUUCACUUUAGUACAAGUAUAUAAUAUAAAAUAUACCAUUUAUUAUCAGAAAAUUUUCAAACGAGCUUAAAUGUAAUGGGUACGAAGUUUUUAUAUGGUAGAAGCACGCAUAUUUCCCUCUCAUUGAUAACCAUUCUAAAUUAAAAUGUUGGUGUGAAAAGUGUAACAAAAUUCCCUUAACCGCUUUUUCUUACUGUCACCAGCGCACUUUUAGAACAACCACUUCGUAGUAUGGACUGUGUCCAUCCGUGACCAUGGAAUAUUAUAAUCAUCAAUCGAUUACAGGGAAGUUCUUUCACCUUACCACACCUCUAAGGUGUUCAUUUAUGCCCUUAGCCAUCUCAAGCACAGUCAGCAGACUACAACCCGUAGGAGCAGUUGCUGCUGCGGUAUAUAAGUCCUCUGAUCUGCAUUCUGAACCGGAUAAUUAUCCAAGUUCACAUGGCAAUGAGGUUUGGGGUGAAGUUGGAGGAAUUGCUGGCCCUAAUUCUGAACGCGCAGAUACUUAUAGCGCAGAAGCUCUCCGGAGGCAGAGAAUAGGCUUAGCAAACAAAGAAAAGUUCCCUGGAACAAAGGCAGGAAGCAUAGCCCUGAGACUUGUGCGCGGAUUAAGGAAAGAACCCUUGAAGCCUUAAGAGACCCCAAG